GAGCGGAACUGCCUCCUCCACGGCAGCAACGGUACCCUAGCAACCGUUACCAAGGGCCCCGGCACCAGAGGCGGGGAAGAGAUGGCAAUUUAGAGGGGGCGUUUCGGGCGAAGGGUUGAGAUAUAUACUAGCGUGCCAUUAUGAGUGACCAGCUAAAAUUUAUUGUUGAGAAGCUCAACAAGGAGCCCUUUAAGAAGAACUUCAACUUAAUCACAUUUGACUCCUUGGAGUCAAUGCAGCUGUUACAGCUGCUAAAUGAUGUUCUGGGAGAGAUUGACCCAAAGCAAGUUGUUGACAUUAGAGAAGAGCUUCCAGAGCAGACUGCUAAACGGAUGUUGAGCCUUCUUGGCAUUCUUAAAUAUAAACCUCCAGGAGGCACCAGUGACUUGAGUACGUUCCGCCAGGGUUUAGUCAUUGGAAGUAAGCCUGUCAUUCAUCCUGUCUUGCACUGGCUGCUUCAACGGACAAAUGAGCUGAAGAAAAGAGCCUAUCUUGCACGGUUCCUAAUCAAAGUGGACGUGCCAGCAGAGUUCCUUCAAGAUGAUACUGUGUCAGAUACCAAUAGACAGUAUGAAGAGCUGAUGGAAGCAUUCAAAAACCUACAUAAAGAAUGUGAACAGCUGAAGACAUCUGGUUUCUCAACUGCAGAAAUACGAAGGGAUAUCACUGCUAUGGAAGAGGAGAAGGAUCAGCUGAUGAAGAGAGUAGAGCGUCUUAAGAAGCGUGUGGAGACAGUGCAGAAUCAUCAGCGGAUGCUUGAAAUGGCAAGGCAGCUUCGAGUGGAGAAGGAGAGGGAGGAAUCUCUCUCCCAGCAGAAGCAAGAACAGAAAAAUCAGCUUUUUCAUGCAGAGCAGAGGCUGCAAAGAGUCCAACUCCAGCUCAAGGAUAUGCGUCAUGCAGCAGUGGAUUCAAAGCCAGAAAGCUUAAUGAAGAGACUGGAAGAGGAGACAAAGUUCAAUACAUAUUUGGUCUCUGAAAAAUUUCCUAGAGAACUGGAAAUAAAGAAGCAGUCGCUGUACUUCUUGCAGAAAGUAGUUGCAGAGCCAGCAAUGGGCCAGUCUGAUCUCAACGAACUUGAAACCAAAAUAAAUGAGGUCAACAUACAAAUCAAUCAGUUGAUUGAGAAGCGGAUGAUGAAAUAUGAACCAAUUGAUAGUAAAUUUUCAAUGUAUCGACAACAGGCCUCCAUCAUUUCCCGGAAGAAGGCAGCCAAGGCCGAAGAGCUUCAGGCUGCCAAGGAAGAGCUGACCAACCUCGAGAAGCAAAUGUUGCAGAAGUCAAGCCAAGCCCGGGAACUGAAUGGUGCCGAAGUCUUGAAAGGGGAUGAGUUUAAGCGGUAUGUUAAUAAGCUUCGGAGCAAAAACACGCUUUACAAAAAGAAGCGCCUGGAUAUAGCAGAAAUUACAGCUGAGUACGGCAUCCUGCAGAGAACAGAGGAGCUCCUAAAACAACGCCACGAGGAUAUCCAGCAGCAGCUGCAAGCAAUUGAAGACAAGAAGGGUAUCUCUGGAUACAGCUAUACACAGGAGGAGCUAGAGAGAGUGUCAGCCGUGAAGAGCGAAAUGGAUGAAAUGAAGGGUCGGACUCUGGAUAACAUGUCUGAAAUGGUGAAAAAACUGAAUGCUAUGGUAGCUGAUAAGAAGUCAAGCCUUGCUCCGAUUAUCAAAGAUUUAAGGCAGUUGCGACAGAAGUGUCAGGAAUUGACCCAAGAAUGCGGAGAGAGAAAAACCCAGUAUGACAGCUGUGCAGCAGGCCUGGAGAGCAACCGUUCUGCACUGGAGCAGGAGGUGAAGGCCCUUCAUGAAGAGUGUAUUCAGGAGGAAAGCCGCUAUCAUCACGUCAACUGCAUGAAAAAGAUCCUAGAAGUCAGCCUUCAGCGCGCCAAAGACGAGAUGAAGAUGUAUGUUUCUUCAGAUCUGCAGGAAAGAAGAAAGGCAAUCAGGGAACAAUAUACUCGGAUGAUCACGGAACAAGAAAACCUUGGAAAGAAACUGCGAGAGAAGCAGAAGAGUGUGCGGGAAAGCCAUGGUCCAAAUCUGAAGCAAGUGAAAAUGUGGCGAGAUUUCCAUCUACUCAUGGAGUGCAAGAAGGAAUGUUUCCUCAAGCAGCAAAACCAAGUAUCCAUUGGCCAGGUCAUUCAGGAAGGAGGAGAGGACCGGCUGGUCUUGUGAAUCAAGCUGUUUGGUAUCCCAGCCAUACUGAGCCUCAAUUCUGUUGUGAAAAUUGGCCUAGUUCUACAACUGUUUUUACAAAAGUUAAAUUUCUGGUUGCUGUUGUUCAGGGGCUCAGCUGUUGUUCAGCUACAACGGCUGCUUGGAAAAGCCCCAGCCUAAAUAGAAUGGCAAUGGUUUCCCAGUUUGACUGGGAGCCUUUUCAGCCACUCCUUGUAUUAA